CAAAUUCCCCUUUCCUCGCGCCUCCACGACCGCCCUUUCAUAGAUCCAUCCACAGGCUUUUCUUCGCCACACCAGACUGGACUACAGGGGUUUACACCUCAAGAUGACUACCAACCCACGAACCAUCCUCAUUACCGGCUGCUCGGCCCAUGGGAUCGGAGCAGCUCUGGCCCUGAACCUCGCCAGACGAGGUCACUUUAUCUUCGCCACAGCCCGAUCUCCCACAAAAGUCCCCGAGAGCCUGACCUCCCUAGAAAAUGUGCAGGUGUUGCCUCUAGACGUUACAGACCCAAUCACGAUUGCAGACGCCGUGCGUGCGGUCACUGACCACGGCCGUGGUCUUGAUAUUCUGGUCAACAAUGCCGGCGCAGGAUAUACCAUGCCUAUCCUGGAAUCGGACCUAGAUCAAGCCAUGAACCUGUACGACACACAUGUAUUGGGAUUGCUGCGACUGGUGCAAGCAUGCAGUGAUCUGCUCGUUACUUCCAAGGGGCGUAUCAUUAACGUGAGCAGUGCGGCGGCUGCUGUCAAUACUCCUUGGCUUGGUGUCUAUUCCUCCUCUAAAGCAGCCGUCACACAACUGUCCGAAACUCUCCGCCUGGAAAUGGUCCCUUUCGGCGUCUCCGUGGUCUGCAUCAUGGCAGGCAACGUCACCUCCGCGUUUCACGCCAACGAGCCCGGGGUGGUCUUGUCGCCGACUUCGCGGUACGCGGCCGCCCGACAAGCAAUCUCCAACAGGGCGACCGGACGAGACGGCCUCGAGAAGUGCUCAGCAGACGAGUUCGCUGCCUCGAUUGUUGACGAAGUACUGGGCACCGCUGGCGGGGUGGUUUGGAGGGGACCGUACAGUGCUACAGUCAGGUUUCUCGCUCGGUGGUGUCCCACGGUGUUGUUGGAUUGCAUGGUGAGCAAUGGACAGGGGUUGGAUUUGCUGGCAAAGUAG